CCAGGAACGCUGCGGCUGCGACACCGACGCCGAUUGCGACAACAGAAGCCAUGGUUGUAUAAUAUGCGAUUCCUUCACUGCUCUUCCGAAUAAAUCACAACUGCUGCCUUUUGCCCGUAGUAAUGAAUCGUAGAGUCCCGAGUGUCGAGUUGCUUCCGUCGGGCGGCAAAUAAUCGGAGCCGCGCCAAUCUACAAUUUUGCGAACCUCGGCGCCACAGUCGGCCCGGGAAGCACAUCCCUGCUUUUAUCGCACUAUCGCUACCCGCGCCAACGUCAAAUUUUGGCAAGAAAGUUUGGAAGAAGCAGGCGAGCAGUUGCAAGAGUCGAAGAAACUUGCACAACAAUAACGACUCCGCACAACCGCCAAGAUGAGAAUCGAGACGUGCUAUUUCUGCUCGCAACCUUGCUACCCCAGCAAAGGCAUCACCUUCGUCCGCAACGAUGCACGACUCUUCCGUUUCUGCCGCAGCAAGUGCCACAAGAACUUCAAAAUGAAGCGUAACCCCCGCAAACUCAAAUGGACCAAAGCCUUCCGCAAAUCCGCCGGCAAAGAAAUGGUCGUCGACAGCACCCUCACCUUCGCGGCCCGCCGCAACGUCCCUGUGCGCUACAACCGCGACCUCGUCGCCACGACGCUCAAGGCCAUGUCGCGCGUCGCGGAGAUCAGACAGAAGCGCGAGCGGGUCUUCUACAAGAAGCGCAUGGAGGGGAACAAGGAGAGGGCCAAGGCGGCGGAUCGCAAGUUGGUGGCGGAGAACUCGCACUUGUUGCCGAAGAUGAGGGGGAGCGAGAGGUUGGCGUUGGAGGCGGCGGGAGAGGAGGUCGAGGAGGAGGUGGUGGCGCCCAGGGCGAAGGUGUUUGGGAAGAUGCAGACGAGGAGGAAGCAGUUGGUUGAGGGUGGGGAGGAGGAGGAGAAUGGAAUGGAUUUGGAUUAGGGGGGUGGACUGUCAGUUUGGGCUCAGAAUGUGAUGGGCGUUCGGUCUAUAUAAAAUGGCGUUGUGGUUGUGUUAGGAGAUGCUGGUGGGAAUUUGACGUUAAGAUACACGCAAAUACACCUUUGUAGCAAACAUUUUUUCUGGGGAGACUGGAUUGGGAACGUUGCAUGUAAUGCAUGUGUUUGACGCUUUAGCGGUACUCGUGCGGCUCGAGGGUCAAGGGAGAGAGUGUGAACAGUUGAGAGUUGAUAUCUGCGUCGGAGCUAAUAUAAUCUUUCUCUUUGGCACAAUUUUGGAAUGAG